ACUCAUAUAUAAGAAACUUUAUAUCUAAACUUGUAAAAUCACAAACCCACUGUGAUAUAACCACUAAAUUAAACAUGUCAUCCUCAUCAUCAAUAACAGUGAAAGGUUGUUACACUGUGACACCAAUGGAACCAACAUGGAAUGGUUAUUUACCAUUAACCGAAUUUGAUCAAAUUGAUAUCACAUCAUACGCUCCACUUCUUUUCUAUUACCGCCCACCACGAAAUUGGCUUACUCCCCCUACUAAAAUUGCCGCCACUUUGAAAGAAUCACUAAGCAGAGUCUUGAUACAUUUUUAUCCAUUUGCAGGUCGUUUACGAUCAACAGAUAAUAACCGUUUUGAAUUAGAAUGCAAUGCAAAGGGUGUUCAGUUCAUUGAAGCAGCAGAAUCGACCUCUUCAGCAUUAUCCGAUCUUGGUGACUUUUCUUGUUCAAACAAUUAUUGUAGUUAUCUUUUCCCGCAAGUUGACUACACUCUCCCAAUACCAGACCGUCCUUUGCUAAUAGUCCAACUCACGCAUUUCAAAUGUGGUGACAUUAGCAUUAGUUUGUUAUUGUCACAUGUGAUUACUGAUGGACAAAGUGCGACACAUUUCAUUGAUGAGUGGGCUCGAGUAGCACGCGGAGAAUCUUUAAAAAGGGUUCCGUUUCUAGAUAGAAACAUCUUACGUAAUAAGGAACCAUGCAAUGGUGUAAAUGAGUGGAAGUUUGCUAAACCUCCGCUUUUGUUGGAAAAUUCAGAAAGUAAUCUUGACGAAAGAAAGAAAAAAACAACGGUUGCUAUAAUCCAACUAAGCAAAGCACAAAUCGAAAGGUUGAGAAAAAUAUCUAAUGAGAGUUGGAAUAAAUCCAGUAAUGAACGAAGUUAUACAAUUUAUGAAACGAUAACUGGUCAUAUUUGGAGGAGUGCAUGUAAAGCUAGAGGGCUUAAAAUUGACCAACCAACUGUGUUUGGUAUCGUUGUUAAUUUCAAAAGUCGUGUGAAACCUAGUUUACCAAAAACGUAUUUCGGAAAUGCGAUAGUGAAUGUGGUGGCUACUAGUCUUGCAGGUGAUUUGAUGUCUAAGCCAUUAGGAUAUGCUUCGAGUAGGAUAAAGGAAGCAAUUGAGAAGGUGAAUGAUGAAUAUGUGAGAUUGACGUUGACUGAGUACAUUAAGAAAGACUAUGAUCGGACUAAGAUACGUUAUGACACUGUGCCGCCAUUUUAUCGGAAUCCCAAUUUAGGAGCAGUUAGUUUGAUGAUGUUUUCAUUUGCCAACUUUGAUUUUGGAUGGGGGAAGGAGCUUUAUGUGAUUCCGGGAAUACAUAUUAUACGUGAAGGAGAAACAUUCAUUCUUCCUAGUUCUCAAGUUGAUGGAUCUUUGGUGCUUUUGAUUUGUUUGCAAGAGAUCUAUAUGAAUGCCUUUAAAAGACACUUUAAUGAAGGUGUUGUUGAGUUGGACUCUCUCUCAAAGUUGUAAAACAAAUGUAUUUCUUUUCUUUUUAUCCUUUGUUCUUAUGAUUAUGUGUUUAAAAUA